UCCCCCAAACCCCCACUGCCCCUCCCACCCUCUGGUAACCAACCUUCUACAAUCUAUGUCCAUGAGUUCAAUUGUUUUGGUUUUUAGAUCCCACAAAUAUGGGAGAACAUGCGAUGUUUCCCUUUCUGUUCCUGGCUUAUUUAAUGUAUUGUAAUUCAAACCUUUCUUUUACAAAAGUUUGAAAGAAUUGAAAGGCCCUCGGGAUAAAUAACAGCUGUCAAAAGAACAUUUCCCAAGUCCAAUUCGUGUCAUCCUGGAGAUUUUGAAAGCUUUUGCUCAUAUGUUGGAUUAGCACAUCUAAAAGUCUCUGAGCACAGGCACGUCCGAGAGUUAAUGAACCCAACACGCCUUGAUGCUGUGCAGGAGAAUCACCAGGACCACAGCUUAGUCCCUCCUCCCUCAGGGAGGGCCACAACAUGAAGCCAGAGUGUGAUUGGCCUAGGCUCUUUACUAAAGAGCAUUUAAUGAUGAAGGAGGAUGCUUCCAAGAGGCUAGACAGCAGAGAGAGGACAAGUGAAGAGAGAAAGAAGGAAGGAAGGUGGCCUAGCCUUCAUCAAGGCAGAAAAGAUUCAGGACAGGCAAAGAAGUGAGAAGCUGGGAAGGUGCUCACUAUCAGGUUUGUGAAAAGACAACUAGGCUCAGAAGUUUUCAGUGUAGGUGUCAUACUGCAAUGGAAUGAAAAGGGAGAAAGGCAGUCAUUUUAUGGUUCAAUCAGAGGUGAGGAUUAGAAAUUUCAAGCAUUAACCCAGAAAUCCUAGGGAUUCAAUGACAAUGAAAUUUGAAGAAAAGUGUGGGGACAAUGGGAGCCUUGUAGGAAGGAAUCAGUCAUACCCAGGUGAGAAGCAUCAGCCAAAAGGAAAACCCAUAACAAAUGGGGAAGCUGAGUUCUAUGCAAAGCAGGAGGCAAAUGGGAAAUGCAGCAUGCCCAGGAAAAGCCUCAACAUGUACACCUGGCAGGAGAUCCAGAGGCAUAAUCAGGAGGCCGACCAAUGGCUGGUCAUCAAUCGCAAGGUUUACAAUGUCUCCAGCUGGGCAGACAGGCAUCCAGGUGGGCGCCGGGUCCUCAACCACUAUGCUGGGGAAGAUGCCACGGAUGUCUUCAGGGCCAUGCAUCCAGAGCCUGACAUUGUGCAGUUGUACCUGAAGCCACUGCUCAUUGGAGAACUUGCCCCAGGAGAGCAUAGCCAGGAAAGACACAAAAAUUCACAGUUGGUGAAAGAUUUCCAAGAAUUGCGGAGGAUCAUAGAGUCUAUGAACAUGUUCCACGCCAACCUGGGGUUCUUCUUUCUUCACUUCACCCAGAUCUUAAUGUUGGAAAUGCUGGCGUGGCUAAUACUGUAUCAUUUUGGCAGUGGCUGGCCUGUUACUAUAUUCAUUUCCUUUCUUCUCACAAUUUCUCAGGCCCAGAGCUCAUUUUUGCAGCAUGAUGUGGGGCACCUUUCCAUAUUUAAGAAGUCCAAGUGGAAUCACGUGAUGCAUAAAUUUGUGAUGUGCCAUCUCAAGGGCCUGUCAGCAAACUGGUGGAAUUACCGGCACUUUCAACAUCACGUAAAGCCGAACAUCUACCCCAAAGACCCGGAUAUUGACAUGGGCCCACUUUUUCUGCUCGGAGAUUCACAGCCUGUCAAGUACGGCAAGAAGAAAAUCAAAUACAUCAACUAUGAAAAGCAGCACCUGUACUUCUACAUGGUUGGGCUCCCACUCCUUAUGCCAGUAUAUUUCAACCUGCAAUCUAUGCAAGUGAUGUACCUUCGAAGAUAUUGGGUGGACAUCGCCUGGGUUAGCAGCUUUUACAUCCGAUAUUUCAUCACAUUUGGCCCAUACUAUGGAAUCUUUGGGACUGUGUUGCUCAUCUAUUUGGUCAAGUUUCUUGAAAGUCCUUGGAUUGCAUAUGUUACCCAGAUGAGCCACAUACCAAUGAGAAUGAGCACAGAGGAGAACCGAGACUGGCUCAGCACUCAGGUCUUGGCCACCUGUAAUAUUGAACAGUCCUUUUUCAAUGACUGGUUCACUGGGCACCUGAACUUCCAAAUUGAGCACCAUCUGUUCCCCACAAUGCCACGCCAUAAUUAUCACAAAGUGGCGCCUCUGGUGAGGUCACUGUGUGCCAAGCAUGGAUUGCAGUAUGUGAAUAAACCCAUGUUGAGGGCGUUUGGAGAUAUUGUCAGAGCCUUGAAGAAAUCUGCAGCCCUCUGGGUGGAUGCUUACUAUGAAACAUGAUGCCAAAUGUAGCCUUGAUACACAUGUAAUUGCAUCUCUGAUGAGGGUUGGUGCAUGUGUAGGAGCUCUUCCCUGCUUAACUGGGAAUUAGUUAUCACCAUUGGUAUACCUGACUGUGCUGUUCUAGGAAUAUGAAUCCCAAGCACAUGUGAUAACCCCUUCCCUAAAAGUCUUCUUUGCAAGUAACAACCUAGGAAACACAAGAUGACAUUGACCAGGGUUAUAAAAGGGAAACAGAGCCCAAAAUUUUUGUUUUUUCACUAGAACCUUAAACUCAGUCCUCCCAAUAGACCUUAGUCAGAUCAUCUCAGUCAAGGGUCAGAAGUACAAGAACCAGGCAAAAGUUUUAUGGAUGAAGUGGACAAAGGGAGAAGUUGGCCAAGAGAGCCAUCUAACAGGGUACUUUGGAAAUUAGUGCAAUUGCUCUUAGAAAAGAAUCAUAUGUGUAAGAAGUUCCUCUUGAAGCACAAAUGUUUUUUACUUAUUUCUUUUCAUAUGUGUGAACUUCUUUUUCUUUAAAAACUGAAUAUAAUUAACAUUAAAAUUUCUUCAAAUAUUUCAAUAUUGACUUCAGAUCUUCAUUAUUGUAACUGCAUAUGUGUCAUUAAUGUAUAUAUACAUUUUCUUUCCAAGUAGACAAAUUAAAAUAUCUAUGAAAUAUCUUAAAAGAACUUCCUACAUCUAGUCCUAAUAGCAACAGAUCAAGCAGGUUAAUGUUCUGUAUUUAAAGACGUGUUGUGUUUCACUAAAGAAUAGACUGUGUUUUAAGUAUAAGAUUUUGUUGCCUACUCCCUACCCACCAUGCAAAACUACUGUACUUUGUAAUUGAGUUACCCGGAUGAAAGAAAGAGUUCUGUUUUCUCUAAAGGAAACUCCAGGCAUUGAUAAGGCAGUUUUCAAGUUUGACACCAAAGUAAGCAUGUCUUAGAACAAGAGGGCUUUCUCUCUCACAAGAGAGGGUUUUAGUGCUAGAAGGAUAAGUGGACACUCUUAGUAACAUGCUGAUCUGUAGUGUCUAAACUUUUAUUAAAGGUUACCUUAGCUGCAGAAAGCACAAUAAUGCAAGCUUGCUUCCCCAGCUCCAAGCAAGUCGGUGCUACUGGAUUAGCUGUUGCCUGAAAUUCUACCAGUAUAUAUUCAUUCCCUUACUCCAAGCUCUGCAAAAUACUCUUUUAGCUUUGUUUGUUUCUCAAUUAAAUCCCUACUAGAAAAUAACACAUUAAAUCACUCAUAGCUCCUGGGGACUUAGCCACACAUGUCAAAGUUAGGAAAACAAAAACUGGUUGUCUGGGAGGAAGAGGCAUUAUUAAAAUGAUAAUGGCUAAUAUCAAAUAGGAAAGUUGGGGAGGAGACGAAAAGAAUAAAAAGCUAUUUUGACUUCAUGGCUCUUCAUAAUAGACAGGCAAGUGCCCAUAUUCCUCCUGCUGGUGGAUUUCAGAUGAUUUCUCCUGCCUCAGUUCAGGGUUACAAGUGGGAGUGGGCUCAGUGGUUGGCUUUUUCCUGUCUCCCCUGGUCCAAACCAGAGACUCUUAAGCACUGCUUGUUCUCCUGAUUACUUAGAAAUAGCAACUCGACUCUCCUUGGGCAAAUUUACUAUCUCAAACGUGUUCCCCACUCAGUGUUAAAAAUAGCCCACUUUGUAAAUCUCCAAACAUACUUGAUUACUGUGUAUUUUGAAGAAAGUUGGGAUAUUUAGACAGAUUAUAUAAGGAAACAUGAAAUCAAAAAAGGUGCUUGGGUCAGACUCACAUUUGUAAUCUCAACAUUUGGGAGGCCAAGGCAGGAGGAUCUCUUGAGUCCAGAUGUUCAAUACCAAC